GUCUAAUGUCUGUGGUCAAUUGCAUGGAGAGCAAUAACCAGACAUCCUCAAGCAUGGAAUUCCUGCUGCUUGGGUUUUCUGAUCUGUUCCGCUUGCGGGUUUUCUUUUUCUUCAUCCUCCUUGGGUUGCACUUGGCUACCCUUGCAGGAAACCUGCUGAUUCUCUUGGCUGUAUCAGCUGAGCCAUCCCGUCCUCCAAUGCUCUUUUUCCUCUGCCAGCUCUCAGCCAUUGAGCUCUGUUAUACCCUCAUCAUUGCUCCCAAAGCGCUGGCUGACCUAUUGAGCAAGGGGGAAAGCACAAUUUCAUUUGUGGGCUGUGCUACCCAGAUGCAUUUCUUUGUAGCUCUGGGGGGAGCUGAAUGUUUCCUCCUUGCAGCCAUGUCUUAUGACCGCUAUGUAGCCAUCUGCCAGCCCCUUCGCUACACGGCAGUGAUGAACCAAGCGUUUUGUCUUCAGCUUUUGGUCAUCUGCUGCCUUGGGGGAUUUGUGGUCUCUCUGGGGCUGACUGUGGCUAUCUUCCACCUGCCCUUCUGCAGUUCCCAUCAUAUUGAUCACUUUUUUUGUGACGUCCCUGCUCUUCUCCACUUGGCCUGCACCAAGAGCUAUAUCAAUGAGCUUCCCCUUCUUGUAGCUUGCACCCUCAUCCUACUCCUCCCUUUCCUCCUCAUUCUUAUCUCUUACACCUGCAUCGGCCUUGCCGUGAUGAGGAUCCAUGAUUCCUCUGGCCGAGGUAAGGCUUUCUCCACUUGCAUCUCACACCUUGUGGUCACAGUCUUGCACUAUGGUUGUGCCACUUUCAUAUAUGUCCGACCCAAGUCUAGUUACUCACCCCAUCGAGAUAAGAUGAUAGCCCUCAUCUAUACCAACAUUACCCCCCUGCUGUAUCCUUUAAUUUAUAGUGUUAGGAACAAAGAAAUCAAAGGAGCUGUGAGGAAGUUAUUGCAAAAAAGAUUAGCUCAUCUAAACUGGAGCAUCUUUAAAAGCAGACAUGCUCAUUUCUGA